CUUCUCUCUUUCCCGUUUUCCCUUUUCUUCUUUCUAUCUGUCUUCCUUUUUAGACAUCAAAUAUGCCUAGUGUCUUUAAACGUCAAAAUUCAACGAAAAUCAAUAAAAUCUCUUCAUUCGAUCAUCAAUCAUUAGAACAAUGUCACUUGAUUUUUCGAUUACCAGAAAUAGUGGAACAAAUAGUUCAACACUUGAUUCCUAAUACCAAUACUGCCGUCUUAUCCAUAAAUAGUAAUGGUAAUAGUAAAAUAAUACGACCUUCCACAAAAAUGAAUCAAGAUAUUUUACCUUGUUUAUACGUCAACUGGUUAUGGCAUGAUUGCGUGUCUCGAUAUACUUGGCGUCAUGUGUCCUUUGAUGAUAGUAAGACGGAGUAUGAACAAUUUCUCAAGUUUGCUUCUGUCAUUAGUCGUGUGCCAUUACCUAAUUUCGAAUCCAAUACUUCCAAUAUAAUUGCUGCUGCUGCUCUUGCUGUUGCAACACAUCCUCAACCUUUGAUGACUACUCAAUGUGAUGAUGAUCAACAACAACAUGAUCUCUCUUCCAUCAUGGCAAAAAAAUCCGAUUCCUUUCAACAUCAUCAUGAUGAUCCUACCGAUGAAAACUGUAAAUCACGUAUUUUAUCGUCGACAUAUCAACAUCGAUUACGAUCACUGACACUUCGAAAAAUCAAGGAACGAAAUAUCAACGAACCAUUACAACAUAUUGGAUACCAUGCGACACAACUAACGACGUUAGAUAUUUAUAUCUGUGAUUAUGUGACUAAUGCAGCAUUGUAUCCUUUCUUAGAGCAUGGACAAUUGACAUAUCUAUCACUUGCUGGAUGUCAACGCAUUACGGAUGAAGCGAUUAUUCAAGUAGCAAAUAAAUGUCCAGGAUUGGAACAUCUGGACCUACGAGCGUGUGGGAAUGUUAGUGAUGCAUCCAUAGGUCAAAUCGCCUUAUGUUGUCGACGUCUUCGUCAUUUGAAUGUUGGUCGUGUCCGUGAUCGGCAGAAUAUUACAGAUCAGUCGAUUCAAUUGAUAGCAACACAUACUCAGGUAGCGGUAUUAGGUCUUGCUGGAUGUGAUGUAUCAGAUACAAGUUUAACCUUAUUAGCCAGGGAACGUAAAGAGGGUAUCGAACGUAUCUCUAUCAAUAAUUGUUAUAAAGUAUCCAAUCAAACCAUCCUUGCUUAUGCUCGUCAUUGUCCUCGUUUGUCGGUUUUUGAAAUGAAGGAAUGUCAUCAUAUUCAUGACUGGGAUGCUGUCGCACAAUUGGUCCGUCGUAAGGUCUUACUUACUUUGUGUGAUCAACAAAGUCGCGCUUGUAAUGAAUGGGCAAAAAGACAUGGAAUUGUAUUAGAUGUCAAAGCUCCUGUCAAAUAA